UGGCGCAAGCGGCCGCGCGCCCGGCCCCAGCUCCAACGCAGGCGCCCCGCCCCUGGCCCCGACGCGGCCUCCGUGUCCUCGCCGGCCCCAGGCCGGUCCUCCGCGUCCCCGUCCGCCGCCGGCUCGUCCGCUAUGCUGGCGUGGGCGCUGCUGCUGGCCGCGCUGACCGCGCUGGCCGAGCUGGCGCUGGCCCGGGAGCUCCCGGCGGCGCCGUGCCCCGCGCGCUGCGAUGUGUCGCGGUGCCCGAGCCCCCGCUGCCCGGGCGGCUACGUGCCGGAUCUCUGCAACUGCUGCCUGGUGUGCGCCGCCAGCGAGGGCGAGCCCUGCGGCGGCCCCCUGGACUCGCCGUGCGGGGAGAGCCUGGAGUGCGCGCGCGGCGCGUGCCGCUGCCGCUGGGCGCACGCCGUGUGCGGCACCGACGGGCACACCUACGCCAACGUGUGCGCCCUGCAGGCGGCCAGCCGGCGGUCGCUGCAGGUCUCCGGGUCGCCGGUGCGCCAGCUACAGAAGGGGGCCUGCCCAUUGGGUCUCCACAAGCUGAGCAGCCCGCGGUACAAGUUCAACUUCAUCGCCGACGUGGUGGAGAAGAUCGCGCCCGCGGUGGUCCACAUCGAGCUCUUCCUCAGGCACCCGCUGUUCGGCCGCAACGUGCCCCUGUCCAGCGGCUCCGGCUUCAUCAUGUCGGAGGCCGGCCUGAUCCUCACCAACGCCCACGUGGUGUCCAGCUCCAACGCCGUGUCGGGCCGGCAGCAGCUCAAGGUGCAGCUGCAGAGCGGGGACACCUACGAGGCCACCAUCAAAGACAUAGACAAGAAGUCGGACAUCGCCACCAUCAAGAUCUACCCUCACAAAAAGCUCCCGGCGCUGCUGCUGGGCCGCUCGGCAGACCUGCGGCCCGGCGAGUUCGUGGUGGCCAUCGGCAGUCCCUUCGCGCUGCAGAACACGGUGACCACGGGCAUCGUCAGCACGGCCCAGCGGGACGGCAGGGAGCUGGGCCUCCGGGACUCGGACAUGGACUACGUGCAGACGGACGCCAUCAUCAAUUACGGGAACUCUGGCGGACCGCUGGUGAACCUGGACGGCGAGGUCAUCGGCAUCAACACCCUGAAGGUCACGGCCGGCAUCUCCUUCGCCAUCCCCUCCGACCGCAUCGUGCAGUUCCUGACGGAGUUCCAGGACAAGCAGGCCAAAGACUGGAAGAAGCGCUUCAUCGGCAUACGGAUGAGGACCAUCACGCCCAGUCUGGUGGAGGAGCUGAAGGCCAGCAACCCGGACUUCCCAGAGGUCAGCGGUGGCAUUUACGUGCAGGAGGUCGCUCCGAAUUCGCCGUCUCAGAGAGGGGGCAUCCAAGACGGCGACAUCAUCGUCAAGGUCAACGGGCGCCCGCUGACGGACUCGAGCGAGCUGCAGGAGGCCGUGCUGACCGAGUCCCCGCUGCUGCUGGAGGUGCGGCGGGGGAACGACGACCUCCUCUUCAACAUCGCGCCCGAGGUGGUGCUAUGAAGCCGGGGCGCCGCCCAGCGCCCGGGCCCGGGGCCGCACGCACACAGGUGCCAGCCGAGGGGCUCCGUCGGGAGCCGGCGCCUCGGCGGGGCCGGGACGAGGGACCGAAGUAGGUCCUCAGC